CGCGGUACUGUGCGAAUUCUUUGAACUAGGCGCUUAAAAAGCACUGCCAGUUGCUCCGAUCCCUCAUACGCCGUGCAUUCAUCGCGCCUCGUGGACGUGCCGUGUGUUGUGGCUGUAAAAAGUGGAAAACAAACUCAGAAAACCAACGUACCACCUAACGAGUCGUCCUUAUCGAGGCGAUUCGAAACGAACUCGAGUGCCAACAGUGAUCUAGUGUGUUGUGAGCGAACCGAACUCAGCGGAUUUUGAGUGCUCUACUUCGACUUUCUACACUUUUAUAUUGCAACUCAAUCCCUAAAGAUGUCGCCCAACAUAAUAGGCAGUACCUUUAUAUUGGCCGAGACGGCCAUUGCCGAUGGCAAUAACAACAAGAGGGCUGCCACGCCCGCCGCCCCUGCCGCCCCUGCGGCCACGACCACGCCCACCCAGAAGGUAGCCAAGAAGGCGGAGACGAAGACGCCCGAGAACAAGCCCUACGAAAUGGAGAUAGUGUGGCGCAACGUGGGUCUCUUCAUCAUCCUCCACUCGAUGGCCCUGUACGGUCUGUACCUGGUCUUCGCCGAGAGUGCCUACUUGGAGCUCUUGCCAGUUUAUGCCACCAUGUUCCUCGGAGGUCUGGGCAUCACGGCCGGAGUGCAUCGUCUGUGGUCGCACAAGGCCUACAAGGCCAAGCUGCCGCUGCGCAUCUUCUUGAUGCUGUGCCAGUCGCUGGCCUUCCAGAACAGCAUCUGGGAGUGGACCCGCGACCACCGUGUGCACCACAAGUUCACCGACACACACGCCGAUCCCCACAACUCCCGCCGCGGCUUCUUCUUCGCCCACAUGGGCUGGCUGAUGUGCAAGAAGCACCCCGAUGUGACCAGCAAGGGCAAGCAGAUCUCCAUGGAGGACAUUGAGCAGGAUCCCGUCGUCAUGUUCCAGAAGAAACUCUACUUUGUGGUGAUGCCCAUCUGCUGCUUCGCCCUGCCCAUGAUCUUCCCCUACUACGUGAUGGGCAGCUCGCUGCGCGUCUGCUUCUUCACCUGCUCGAUGCUGCGCUUCUGCCUGUCGCUCCACUUCACCUGGCUGGUGAACAGUGCCGCCCACUUCUACGGCAUGAAGCCCUACGAUGUCAAUGUGAGUGCCAUGAACAACAAACUGGUGUCCACCUUGACCAUCGGCGAGGGAUGGCACAACUACCACCACGUCUUCCCCUGGGACUACAAGGCAGCUGAGCUGGGCACCUACAGCUACAACUGGACGACGGCCUUCAUCGAUGUGAUGGCUAAGAUCGGACAAGCCUACGACUUGAAGUUCGUGUCCCAGGAGAUGGUCUACAAGCGAGUCCUGCGCACUGGUGACGGUUCGCACAUUGCCGCCCUACUGGAUGCCAAUAACAACAGUGCCAUCCCAACCAUCGAACUGGUGGCCCAUCUGGAUCACGAGAAGGAGGAGCACGCCAUCUGGGGAUGGGACGACAAGGACAUCAGCGAGGAGGAUCGCAAGAGCGCCAAUGUGGUGAACAAGGAGUCCGAGUGCAAGCUGGAUUAGAGGAUUGGGGGAGGACUGGGGAGUUCACCCAAACGAUUACACUUCUUGUUGCCACAUCGGGCCGCAGUAUUUAAUUAUAUUAAUUGCCUAUUUCUCCAAACUGCCUACGCAUUCAAAUGGUGGCUGUUGAACAAACUAGAAAGGACAAAGAGAGCCAAAAUCAAGGGGGAUUCCGACCGUGAGACCCGAUCCGAUGGCAGCAAGAACAUCUUAUAUAUCAAUGGCUUCAAUUCCAAAAAGAACAAAACAAAUGAAAACUAUUCGAGAUUAGUCAAAGCAACUCGUUGGCAGCAACAGAGUGUUAAAAAAUUAUGCACCUUAUUAAUUCUCUACACAAUCGCUUUCUCGCACUUGUCGUUCGGGGAUAAUGAACACAUCUGCCACAAUCUCCCUAUCUUUAUAUCUAUCUCUAUUCUUAUAUAUAACUGUAUAUUUACGCAAGAGGUUCUAGAAUUAAGCGUACCUGCUAAGAUCUAUUUUAAGCAUCGACUUUUAUGUGUGUGUACAUUGUGUUAGUUAUGUAGGUCUAAAAUUGUACAUUUCAAAACCAACUAUUGUUGAAAAUUUAAAAAAAGUAUAUAAAACUUAAAAAAAA